GAUUUUCUUGAGAAGAAAGAAAUUGAAGCGCAGAAAAGCACACAGAGCUCUUCUUCGUCUUCUUCAUAAUCUCUGCUCCUCAAAUUAGCAAUCGAAACUCGCUUUCCACUACUCCAAAGAACCACAAGCAAUGAGUAGCAUUGGAACUGGUUAUGAUCUUUCCGUCACCACAUUCUCCCCCGAUGGCCGCGUUUUCCAGAUCGAGUACGCCGCUAAGGCCGUCGACAACAGCGGGACUGUUAUUGGAAUCAAAUGCAAAGACGGAGUCGUUAUGGGCGUGGAAAAGCUAAUUACCUCUAAGAUGAUGCUUCCUGGUUCUAAUAGAAGAAUUCACGCUGUUCAUCGUCAUUCUGGCAUGGCGGUGGCAGGAUUAGCAGCAGAUGGAAGACAAAUAGUUGCUCGAGCCAAGUCGGAAGCAACCAAUUACGAAAGUAUUUAUGGUGAACCAAUUCCUGUUAAGGAAUUAGCUGAUCGUGUUGCCAGUUAUGUGCAUCUCUGUACACUUUACUGGUGGCUCAGACCUUUUGGAUGUGGCGUAAUUCUUGGAGGCUAUGACAGAGAUGGACCACAAUUGUACAUGGUUGAACCAUCCGGUGUUUCCUAUAGGUACUAUGGUGCUGCAAUUGGGAAGGGUAGGCAAGCUGCAAAAACGGAAAUUGAGAAGUUGAAACUCUCUGAAUUGACAUGUCGGCAAGGUGUUAUUGAAGUAGCCAAGAUUAUUUAUGGAGUACAUGAUGAGGCAAAGGACAAGGACUUCGAGUUGGAAAUGAGUUGGAUCUGUGAUGAAUCAAACCGCCAACAUCAGAAGGUUCCAGAGGAUCUUCUAGAGGAAGCAAAGGCAGCUGCUAAAGCUGCCCUGGAAGAGAUGGAUGCUGAUUAAGGAAGUUGAAAACUUCAUAGGUGUGUUCUUACUGUGCUGCUGCUAUUGCUUUAUUUAGUUUAAAGGGUCUGAUUUGAGCAUGUCGUUAGAAUUUUCGAAGGAUUCAGGAAGUGAUGAAACUUAAUGUGAUUUUCAUACUGCUUUGUUGUACUGUUCUUAAUCAAAUUGAGGCCUUUUUUCCCCCUCUUCUGAA